AUGCGUACGGUCGCACGGUCGAGGGUCAAGUAUAUCCCUUCCGACUGUUGCUCUCCCUUCCGCCGUCGCUCUCCCUUCCGCCCGUCGCCCUUCUUUCCCCCUCGUCGCCCUGCCUUCCGUCCGUCGCCCACCCUUGUUCCCGUCGCCCUCCCUUCCCGUCGCCCUCCCUUCCCGUCGCCCGCGCUUCUUCCCAUCGCCCUCCCUUCCCGUCGCCUUCCCUUCCCGUCGCCCGCGCUUCUUCCCGUCGCCCUCCCUUCCCGUCGCCCUCCCUUCCCGUCGCCCUCCCUUCCCGUCGCCCUCCCUUCCCGUCGCCCUCCCUUCCCGUCGCCCUCCCUUCCCGUCGCCCUCCCUUCCCGUCGCCCUCGCUUUCCCCGUCGCCCUGCCAUCCACUCCCCGUCGCCCUCGCCUUCCCUCCCGUCUCCCUUCCCAUCUCGCACACUUGUCACCCUCCCUUUUCUCUCCCUACUCCCUCUUUUCCCUCCCUCCAAUAAUCGCCUUCCUUCCCCCAACUUAUACCCCUUCCCUGCUUCCCCCCAUCCCCUGCCCUGCUUCCCCCCAUCCUCUUCAUUCUUUCCCCGUAUCCCCAGCCCUGCUUCCCCCCAUCCCCUUCCCUGCUUCCCCCCAUCUCCUUCCCUUCUUCCCCCCAUCUCCGUCCCUGCUUCCCCCCAUCCCCCUCCCUGCUUCCCCCCAUACCCCUUCCCUGCUUCCCCCCAUCCCCUUCCCUGCUUCCCCCCAUCCCCUUCCCUGCUCCCCCCCAUCUCCAUCCCUGCUUCCCCCCAUACCCCUCCCUGCUUCCCCCCAUCCCCUUCCCUGCUCCCCCCCAUCCCCUUCCCUGCUCCCCCCCAUUCCCUUCCCUGCUUCCCUCAUCCCCUGCCCUGCUUCCCCAUGUCUCCUGCCCUGUUUCCCCCAAUCCCCUUCCCUGCUUCCCCCCAUAUCCUUCCCUUCUUCCCCCCAUCUCCGUCCCUGCUUCCCCCCAUCCCCCUCCCUGCUUCCCCCCAUACCCCUCCCUGCUUCCCCCCAUCCCCCUCUCUGCUUCCCCCCAUACCCCUCCCUGCUUCCCCCAUCCCCUUCCCUGUUCCCCCCCAUCCCCUUCCCUGCUUCCCCCCCAUCCCCCUCCCUGCUUCCCCCCAUCCCCUUCCCUGUUCCCCCCCAUCCCCUUCCCUGCUUCCCCCCCAUCCCCCUCCCUGCUUCCCCCCAUCCCCUUCCCUGCUUCCCCCCCAUCCCCCUCCCUGCUUCCCCCCAUCCCCUUCCCUGCUUCCCCCCCAUCCCCUUCCCUGCUCCCCCCCAUUCCCUUCCCUGCUUCCCUCAUCCCCUGCCCUGCUUCCCCAUGUCUCCUGCCCUGUUUCCCCCAAUCCCCUUCCCUGCUUCCCCCCAUAUCCUUCCCUUCUUCCCCCCAUCUCCGUCCCUGCUUCCCCCCAUCCCCCUCCCUGCUUCCCCCCAUACCCCUCCCUGCUUCCCCCCAUCCCCCUCUCUGCUUCCCCCCAUACCCCUCCCUGCUUCCCCCCAUCCCCUUCCCUGUUCCCCCCCAUCCCCUUCCCUGCUUCCCCCCCAUCCCCCUCCCUGCUUCCCCCCAUCCCCUUCCCUGUUCCCCCCCAUCCCCUUCCCUGCUUCCCCCCCAUCCCCCUCCCUGCUUCCCCCCAUCCCCUUCCCUGCUUCCCCCCCAUCCCCCUCCCUGCUUCCCCCCAUCCCCUUCCCUGCUCCCCCCCAUCCCCUUCCCUGCUCCCCCCCAUUCCCUUCCCUGCUUCCCUCAUCCCCUGCCCUGCUUCCCCAUGUCCCCUGCCCUGCUUCCCCCAAUCCCCUUUCCUGCUUCCCCCCAUCUCCUUCCCUUCUUCCCCCCAUCUCCGUCCCUGCUUCCCCCCAUCCCCCUCCCUGCUUCCCCCCAUACCCCUCCCUGCUUCCCCCCAUCCCCCUCUCUGCUUCCCCCCAUACCCCUCCCUGCUUCCCCCCAUCCCCUUCCCUGUUCCCCCCCAUCCCCUUCCCUGCUUCCCCCCCAUCCCCCUCCCUGCUUCCCCCCAUCCCGUUCCCUGCUUCCCCCCAUCCCCUUCCUUGCUUCCCCCCAUCCCCCUCCCUGCUUUCCCCCAUCCCCUUCCCUGCUUCCCCAUGUCCCCUUCCCUGCUUCCCCCCAUCCCCUUCCCUGCUUCCCCAUGUUCCCUUCCCUGCUUGCCCCCAUCCCCUUCCCUGCUCCCCCAUGUCCCCUUCCCUGCUUUCCCCCAUCCCCCUCCCUGCUUCCCCCCAUCCCCUUCCGUGCUUUUCCCCCUCCCGUUUCCAUCGCUUUCCCCCUCCCGUCGCCCUCGCUCUCCCCCUCCCUUCGACCUCGCUUUCCCCCUGCUCACUCGCAUUCCCCCUGCUCACUCUCUUCCCCCUUUCUCACUCUGCCCCCCCUUCCUCACUCUGUUUCCCCCUGCUCACUCUCUCCUCCUCACUCUAUUCCCCCCUGCUCUGUUCCACCCUGCUCACUCUCUCCUCCUCACUCUAAUCCCCCCUGUUCUGUUCUGUUCCCCCCUGCUCUAUUCCCCCCCGCUCUAUUCCCCCCUGCUCUAUUCCCCCCUGCUCUAUUCCCCCCUGCUCUAUUCCCCCCCUGCUCUAUUCCCCCCUGCUAUAUUCCCCCUUGCUCUAUUCCCCCCUGCUAUAUUCCCCCCUGCUCUAUUCCCCGCUGCUCUGUUCCCCCCUGCUAUAUUCCCCCCUGCUCUAUUCCCCCCUGCUCUGUUCCCCCCUGCUCAAUACCCCCCUGCUCUAUUCCCCCCUGCUCUAUUCCCCCCUGCUCAAUACCCCCCUGCUCUGUUCCCCCCUGCUAUAUUCCCCCCUGCUCUAUUCCCCCCUGCUCUGUUCCCCCCUGCUCUAUCCCCCCCUCCUCUAUUCCCCCCUGCUCUAUUCCCCCCUGCUCUAUUUCCCCCUGCUCAAUACCCCCCUGCUCUAUUCCCCCUUGCUCGAUUCCCCCCUGCUCUAUUCCCCCCUGCUCUAUUCCCCCCUGCUCAAUACCCCCCUGCUCUGUUCCCCCCUGCUAUAUUCCCCCCUGCUCUAUUCCCCCCUGCUCUGUUCCCCCCUGCUCAAUACCCCCCUGCUCUAUUCCCCCCUCCUCUAUUCCCCCCUGCUCUAUUCCCCCCUGCUCUAUUCCCCCCUCCUCUAUUCCCCCCUGCUCUGUUCCCCCCUGCUCUAUUCCCCCCUCCUCUAUUCCCCCCUGCUCUAUUCCCCCCUGCUCUAUUCCCCCCUGCUCUGUUCCCCCCUGCUCUAUUCCCCCCUCCUCUAUUCCCCCCUGCUCUAUUCCCCCCUGCUCUCUCCCCCCUUGCUCUCUCUCUUCUCACCUCCUCACUCCGUUUCCCCCUUGCUCACUCGGUUUUCCCAUUGCUCAUUCUCUUUCCCCCUGCUCACUCUCUUUCCCCAUUGCUCAUUCUCUUCCCCGCUGCUCAUUCUCUUUCCCCUUGCUCAUUAUGUUUCCCCCUGCUCAUUCUGUUCCCCCCCUGUUCACUCCCUUCCCCCAUGCCCACCCUCUUUCCCCCUGCUCACUCCCUUUCCCCCCUUCUCACUCUCUCCCCCCCUCCUCACUCUCUUUCCCCCCUGCUCAAUGUCUCCCCUGCACUCUGUUUUUUCCUGCUCAUUCUGUACAGGUCCCCAGCACCAGGUGUAGGGAGGGACCCACAAGUCCUGCUUUUUUGCUGCUGUGUAUGCAGACAAGAGUGGGAAAAGACAUAUUAUUGA